AUGUCAGCCCGUUCUUCUAGCGCUGCCGCACGUGCUUCUUGGGAUUUAGACAUGGACGUUUUCCUGGUUGAAGCCAUGACGGACCAAGCAAAAACUGGAAAACGUGCGGACUCUGGGUUCAAGAAAGAAGCAUGGGUGGCAGUACAUGAGUCGAUGAACGAACGAUUCAACAAAGAGCUCACAAUUCAGCAAAUUAAGACCCGCGUCCAAACGCUAAAGUCCAAGUAUACCACAAUUUCUCACAUGUUGCGAGUUUCGGGCUUUGGCUGGGAUACCAACCACAAUGUUGUACUCGUGCACGACGACGUAUGGGAUCGUUACGUCUCGGAACACCCCAAAGCCAUCGACUACCGAAAAAAAGCCGUCCCUUACUACGAAGACCUCGUAGAUCUCUUUGAAGGGACAUACGCUACUGGAGAGCACGCACUCAGUCUGACGAGCCAAUCGAUUUUGACACAGAUACAAGCGUUCCUGAGGGGAUUCAAAUUCAGCUCCUGCUCCUCCGACGCUUCCAAACGAGGCAACAGCCACAUCAGCUACGUCAACAGAUCGAUGAGACCUGAGGGGCGGCAACAAGAACGAUUCCCAGCAGAAAGGAAGUCGUAA